UACAAAAUUAAACCACCCAAAAAAAACAAAAACCAUUUGAACUUAUCUGCAACAAAAGUAGCAAACUCUUAUGAGAACUUCCCAGAACCGUCCACAAGAGUUAGUAGCGAUAAUAAGCCGUGGUGGGUUGUUUUUAUUUGUGAAUUCUGACGAUCUUAGUUUGUUUUUUGGUGAGUGCUUUUCGCACUAAUACAGAUACAAAUGUUUGUCCUGUAGAAAAAAGAAAAAGAAAAAAGGAGUUGUUCUAUGUUCACAAGUUCAUGACUUAUUUGGUUUUGCCGGAAUUCUACUUCCACUCUCCACUUUCCUGUUCGUAUUUAGAGUAGUCUUACCAAUUAAUUGCAUCCUUUUAUAGGUAUUUUAGUACUUAAAUUGUUUUAUACAGUAUUUAAUUAGAGUGUACUGUAUUGAAUAAUCAAGAACCAGGAAGAGUCGCUUUCACUAGACUAGAUUUGUUAUUAGUGAGUAUUUUUAUUUAAGAAAGAUGCCCUAACAGCAGAUGGUUUAUGUUGCAUAUAUUUGAUAUAAGGUGGUGUGGGGGAAAGAGAGAAAGAAAGGGUCCCUUUUGCUUCCUCUAAACCUAGCUUGCUUCCUUAAUCAGUUACAAAAGCUACUCACUUCCUUAUCCGUACGCAGAGUAUCUCUGCCCAUUCUCUCUCUUUCUCUCUCUCUCUAAACUUCUCUUUUUUUCUCAAACCCUCUUCUUCAUUUUCACUUUACUUCGUAUAUAACGAAAGGAGAGGUUUUUCUUGUUAUUGCUACCUUCAAGCUGUAAAAAUCAAGAAACAAAGAUGAAAAGAGGAUUAGAGUAUCAUGGUAAGCAAGAUUUGGAGGAUGGAUUAGAGAAUGUUAUGGUUGCUAUGGAUGAUAUUCAAAGCCACCAGCAGACUACUGAAUUUGUACCUAUGGAGGAAGAACAAGUACUUGGAUCUAUUGUUGGUGACACUGAGAUUUUUCUUGAUGGAGAUGGUAGUCAUUCACAUCAUCAUCAUCUUGAUGUGAAUAAUACUUCCAUUUUUUCCACCGACUUCCUCCCUCUCCCUGAUUUCCCAUGCAUGUCUUCUUCUUCAUCAACUUGUUCAGCCCCUACUGCUCUUUCUAAGCCUUUUCCUACUUCUUCUUCAUCCUCUUCGACUUCUUCUUCUAAUUCUGCUUCAUGGGCAAUUCUUAAAUCUGACGCAGAAGAAGAUGUCCACAAGAAUAUCCAACCACCAGCUUUGUCUUCAACCACUUCAAUGGAAUUAAGUCUCCUUCCGCCAGAAGAUGAUGUCGAUUGCUUAAACGUGAUGGAAGAUCUUGGAUACAUGGAUCUUAUCGACGGAAAUGAAUUUUGGGAUCCUUGUACACUUUUCCAAAGUGAUAAUCAAAAUCCACAAGAUUACAACAUGUCAGAUCAGUCAUUCCAACUCUCACAAGAUCAUCAGCAGAAUCAAGAAAGCAAACCGCAGCAGAUCGAAGAAGAAGGUGACGAUGAUCAAAAUGAUGGGCUGAGUUUUUUCACAGGUAACAGUGAGCUAGCUGUUAUCUUCUUCGAGUGGCUGAAGCAAAACAAAGACUACAUCUCUGCAGAAGAUAUGAGGAGUAUUAAGCUCAAGCGUUCCACUAUAGAAAGUGCUUCGAAACGCUUGGGCGGCACAAAAGAAGGGAAGAAACAGCUCUUGAGACUCAUACUUGAAUGGGUUGAACAAUACCAACUGCAAAAGAAAGCAGCAGCCUCUGAUUCUCCUUGUCAAUAUCAAGAGUCUCAGCUUCAUGAUUCGAACCCUAACCCGAACUCCAGUUUCCAGUAUAAUAACGCUGUUGCAUCUGAUCCGAAUGCUUGCUUCUAUCCUUCGCCAUGGAUGCCAACUCCCUCUCCUUAUAUCCCUGGCCCCGAUCCCUUUUACCCGACUCCUAUGGCGCCGGGGUACACAGGGGAUUCUUACUCUAAUGUACCUUCAUUUACAAAUAUGGAGUAUCAGACCAUGGAAUCUGCUCAAUCGUGGCCUCCAUCGCAAUUCUCCGCGAUGGCAGCUUCUCAAUACAAUCCAUUUCCUGAAAAUGAAAGUAACCUCGCCACUCAGGCUAAUCCUCAGGGUUUGUUCAGUCAAUAUUCUUACCAACUUUACGAUGGGAAUGGCGAGAGAUUGGCGAAGUUGGGCUCAUCUGCUACUAAAGAGGCUAGGAAAAAGAGAAUGGCUCGGCAAAGGCGAUUACCGUCACACCAUUAUCGCCACCACAGCCAUCAAACUCAGCAUCAGAGCCAAAGUAGUGACCAAAGUUUGAGGAUAGUUGGAGAGAAUUGUACAAUGUCUCCAGCUAAUAAUCCUGGGAAUUGGGUAUAUUGGCCUUCUGCUGCUUCGUCACCAAUGAUUAUGGUUCCACCACCUGAGGCACCACAGCCACAUCCUAUGACCGAGAGGCCCGGGAUGCAACCUCAGAACCAUCAAAAGCAUGCUUCUGCAGACAAGCGAUCACAAUCACAGAAUUGGAAAACGGAGAAGAACCUGAAGUUCCUAUUACAAAAAGUGCUGAAGCAGAGCGAUGUUGGCAAUCUUGGAAGAAUUGUGCUACCAAAGAAAGAAGCAGAAUCGCACCUCCCAGAACUUGAAUCAAGAGAUGGAAUUUCAAUUGCUAUGGAAGAUAUUGGAACUUCUCGUGUUUGGAACAUGAAGUAUAGAUUUUGGCCAAAUAACAAAAGCAGGAUGUACCUUCUGGAGAACACAGGAGAUUUUGUUCGAACUAAUGGACUUCAAGAAGGAGAUUUCAUCGUACUAUACGCAGACACCAAGUGUGGCAAAUAUUUGAUACGGGGAGUAAAGGUGAGACAAACUGGACCAAAAGCAGAAGGAAAGAAACCAGCAAAGAAAAACGUUCGUAAUUCAUCUUCUGCAAUCGCACUGAUGAAGCAACUGGUGAAGUAGUAAAAUUUUACACCCCUGUAUGAAGCAAAUGAGCGUAAGGGAGACUACUGCUCUUGUACCCUACAUAUGUUGGUAUAAAUGUGUAAACCCGAAUUUUGUGCAGAUGGUACUCUUACAUGCUAAGGCUUCAAUUUGGUGGACAUGUUUUAGGGGGUGUGUAAUUGUGUAGAGGUAUGUGUAAGUGUUGUAAUCUGCGUGUUUCGCAGUGUUUUUUUUAAGUGUCUCUAAUUACCAUAUUUGUAAUCAUAAACAAUGUUGUAUGUUU